GUCAUUUAAACAAAGAAGUGGGGGGGGGGAGCAGAAGGGAAGGAGGAGAAAGGGGGAGAAAACAACGGUGGGGGCGCUGACUCCCCCAGGUGUUGAAGUACUUUGAAAUCCUCAAAGUCUCACUCAUUGUUCAGAAAACCAAAUAGAACAAUUUUCUUUGCUCCCUGCGCACCCCUCCCACCUGGCGCCGUAGUUGUUCUUGGCCGAUGCCCAGAGUGGCACCUGGUAAUUCCAUGGUACAUUGUGUACAUCUGUAUCCGUUUAACCCGCUAUUUACAGCCGUCCUCUACCGCCACCUGUAAGAGGCGGCGCCAUAAUGACACUGUCUUAAGUGGCUGCGCCAGGAACCUGGGUUUUCGUCCCUCAAAGACGCAUGAAAUCUGUGAAGUAUUUGGCACUUGAAGAAAGAAGGGAGACAGCUGGGGCCAUCACCCGUACAGGAGGGAAGGAGCGACAAGGAGGCGUACAGGACGUAAGGUCCUUCCUCGUUAGCUCCACUCGGUGGCUCCAUCUCCACCGCCAGGAUGAGAAGGAACCUGCCAAGCCUCCACAGCAGCGAGUUUCCUGCCAGACAACGAGCCUGCUGCCUUUUGGAUUUGAUGAAUUCCUAGAUCAGACCAGGGUAUGAAGAUGCGAAAGAGUAGAGACUGGGGACUCCAGAGUGGGACCCGCAGUUGGGCAGCAUCUGGGGCGGAUGAUGCCCUCUGGAGUCUGGAAAACUGUCUGGCGAACGUGAUGCUGGGCGGCGGGGCACCUGCGCUCCUGUACUUGCGGCACUUGGCAGCUCAGGGUGGUGGCAAGCGGGGUGAGUAGGGGGAGGGGGGAAGCGAGAGGAAGUCGAGGCUCGGGAGCAGCAGAAAGGCUUCCCCAGCUUCACUUGGGCCUUGGAGGCUGGGGGAAGGGGAGCACUGCCCGCCCCCGCACUUCACCCGAGGCAUCGCCAGAGGUCAGGAGUUCCUAGCUAUCCCCCGCACCCCAGAACCGGUACCCCCGGGUCCACAGUGCAGGCGAGAAGCUCCAGGCUGCCAGGACCGCGUGGCUGGUUCCGAGUGCGUCCAGCCGAAGGAUAAACGCGGACUGUACCCGCCUGCGGAGUGGCUGGGAGUCGGCGCGGCCCGAAAGCGCCUUUGGUGUUAAGGAUCCUCACUUCUGGGAAAGGACAGGGAACUGCCAAUCAUCGAGGGAGGGAGCGCACCGGCGCCGGGUGAUGUCAGCGGAUCAGCUGCUUCAUAACAAAGAGGGGGUAUCGCAGGGGAAAGUUGCGGCGGCGGCUGCACCCCGGAACCUCGGAGGCCAAGGGGACCCGGGACGAAGGGAGGGGGGGACGGCGGCUGCGGCAGCCGCGGAAGGCCGAAGAAUUGAAAGGACUGUAGGGGGAGGCAGCGCGAGCCACCCCGACUGCUCCUCCUCUUCCUCCUCCUUCUCCUCCUCCUCCUCCUCCUCCUCCAAACUCGCAGGGCUCAGCCCCAGCGCUCGCUCAGCCACCCGGAGGGAUGAGAGCCGGCCGCACCGCCCCGAGCCGGGCAGGGUCGCAGCCGCCAUGGAUAGCGACGACGAGAUGGUGGAGGAAGCCGUAGAAGGGCACCUGGAUGAUGAUGGAUUACCGCAUGGUUUCUGCACUGUCACCUACUCCUCCACAGACAGAUUUGAGGGCAACUUCGUUCAUGGAGAAAAGAAUGGACGAGGGAAGUUCUUCUUCUUUGAUGGCAGCACCUUGGAGGGGUACUAUGUGGACGAUGCCCUGCAAGGCCAGGGUGUUUACACCUAUGAGGAUGGAGGUGUUCUCCAGGGCACGUAUGUAGAUGGCGAGCUGAAUGGACCAGCCCAGGAGUAUGACACAGAUGGGAGACUGAUCUUCAAGGGGCAAUACAAAGACAACAUUCGACAUGGAGUGUGUUGGAUCCAUUUCCCAGAUGGAGGUAGCCUUGUUGGAGAAGUCAAUGAAGAUGGGGAGAUGACUGGAGAGAAGAUAGCCUAUGUCUACCCUGAUGAGAGAACUGCACUUUAUGGAAAGUUCAUUGAUGGAGAGAUGAUAGAAGGGAAACUGGCCACCGUCAUGGCUACUGAAGAAGGGAGGCCACACUUUGAACUGACAUCUGGAAGUUCUGUGUACCAUUUUGAUAAAUCGACUUCCUCUUGCAUCUCCACUGAUGCUCUUCUUCCAGACCCUUAUGAAUCUGAGAGGGUUUAUGUUGCUGAUUCUCUCAUCUCUAGUGCUGGAGAAGGACUGUUUUCCAAGGUAGCAGUGGGACCCAAUACUGUUAUGUCUUUUUAUAAUGGUGUUCGAAUUACACACCAAGAGGUUGACAGCAGGGACUGGGCCCUAAAUGGGAAUACUCUCUCCCUUGAUGAAGAAACAGUCAUUGAUGUGCCUGAACCCUAUAACCAUGUAUCCAAGUACUGUGCCUCCCUAGGACACAAGGCGAACCACUCCUUCACUCCAAACUGCAUCUAUGACAUGUUUGUCCACCCCCGUUUUGGGCCCAUCAAAUGCAUCCGCACACUGAGAGCUGUGGAGGCUGAAGAGGAGCUUACCGUUGCCUAUGGCUAUGACCACAGCCCUCCAGGGAAGAGUGGACCUGAAGCCCCCGAGUGGUACCAGGUAGAGCUGAAGGCCUUCCAGGCCACCCAGCAAAAGUGAAAGGCCUGCUCCUGGGGUCCAGAGACCUGGACUAGAAACUUGGAUCUAUGCACUACGUUUAUCUGACAACGGGACAACCAGGGACUGUUCAUGCUGUGACGUCACAUCCUCUCACCCUGCGUUAGCAACAACUUUCUCGCAUACUAACUAGGUUUGACUGCAUUACUCAUACCAGAUUUAAAAUUAGCUAGCCUUGCAACAACAUCCUACCGAGAGGUACUGUUGAACACUUGACAUAGACAGCAUGAUGUUCUUUGAUGGUUCAAGUCUAAACUUGAACAACAUUUAGGGAUACCAAAUGAUUAGACUGUAAAAGGGAAACGGGGGUUUUUUCAGUCAUUUUUUUUUGUCGGUGGUUUUUCCAUGAGGUUCUUUCCUAUGGCUAUUGCAAAUGGUGAACUCACCUUGCAUGUUGCCAUCCUGAGGGCAGGAAACUAUGACAUCACUAUGUAAAUGUAAGAUCAUUUGCCUUUUAACCUUUGAUCUGUAUCUUGCGAUAGAAUGGCUUUGUUUUUAUUUUUGUUUUCCUUGUGAACAGAAGCCCAGUUUUCUGAGUCAUUUUUUUCCCCGCCUCACUAUCCUAGCUAUCCUUUACAAGAGAAAACUUCCAAAUGGAUUCUGCAUUAAUAACAGUGUAUAGGUCUCUCUGGUUCUUUCUCUAUCAUUUCAUUCUUAUGUCCUAAUAUAAAGUACUAGUUCAUAGGGUCAGGCUAUUAUUAUAGAAUUAUUAUUCUUGCAUGUAAACAAAGAUAUCUUUGCUUUCAGAUGUGAGAAGAAAUGAAUUUACUUUGUUAGUAUUAAGUUAUGGCAGAGUUGUAACAUAUACUUUAAGGAAGAAGAGAGGAAAUUUAGUAUUUCUAAGCAGUCAUUGUGGCAAUUUUGCAAUAUCUUCAAUAGUACUAGUAAUUUUUUUCUCCUUGAGUACACAUUAACCAUACAUAACCUAGUGCAGUCUGGCUUGUGACACAGUGCAUUGACUACAAAACACAAAUAGCCAAUGUGAAUUCUAAAUGCAGAAUUCAGAUUUUUCUUCGAAAUCAGUACUAUGAAGGCAGACAUUACAUAUCACUAGGUACAAAUCAGACCUUUAGCUAAACUUUUCACCAUAGUGAUUUCCAAGUAUUUAACUGCUUCAAAGCUUUGUAAGCUAAGAGUUCACACCUGUAGUUUUCAAGGAAGAAUAUCAGUAGCUUUUCAGCCAUUUCACAAGCCAUAUGUAAUCACAACUGCAAUAAGGAGAAAAACCCUUUUUUUUAGUUUAGCACAUUAGAUCUGUAACAUAACUGGAUUGCUCUGAAUGAACUCUGAGAGUUUUGACUUCCUAAACACCCUUACCAAGUAGUGGCUCUGCCUUCAUUAGCCACCCAUACAAGGUGGCCUGAAGGUCUGGGAGCAGCAGUGACUAUGGCUUGCAGGGGUCAACAGCACCACCUGUCCUGUUGCCUAUGUUGAUUUGGUUUUAAAAAGCUGAAUUCUCCAAGUCGGGCAUGUGGUACAGGCCAUUAAUCCCAGUGCUUGGGAGGCAGAGGAAGGGGGCUCUCUGUGAGUUUGAGGCCAGCCCGGUCUCCAUAGCGAAUCUAGGCCAGCUGUGGCUCCAGGGAGACCCUGUCUCAAAAAAAAGCUAAAUUCUCCAAGCUGUGUUACUGGGAUGAGCAGUGAUGCCUGCUGGGAGUGGGUGGAGCAGGAGACAGGUGGAGGGAAGUUUCAAUUUUUCACCUUACUCUUAACAAAAAGAUUUCACAAAAGUACCCCAUCUCAAUCUGCUCACAGCUUGCCCAUCAAGCAGCCCCUGGAUGCAGGACUGGUCCCUAUGACACCCUGGGCUUUUUCCAAGCUUCCUGGCACACCUGGCUUUAGGCUUUGAACUAGGUGGUAGCACUUUCCAGGAGAUCCAGCUGGAUCCUUGUU